UAAAAUCUUGUUCUGGUUUUUCUUGGAGUGAGGUCCGUGCCUGCCGACGCGCCUCUCCUGUGCUGCCCCCCUCAAGAAUAGCUUUUUAUGGGAGGAAAACCUUUGGAUUUUUUUUGAAAGGAAAACGGAUCUGAAUAACAGCAGUGAAGUGGAUAAAAACGCACGACUGGGUUCUUUUUGUGUUAUCUCUUGCAUUGUUCCCCCUGGUGUCUGAAUGAAACGGGGAGGGAGAGGGAAGAGAGACGGUGCAGGUUCUGGAUUAGGAGUCGAUCUGACUGUGUGAUUUGGUGUAAACACGUUUCCAGUGCGCACGUUUUAACUUUUAUUUCUUCAGAAACUGGUGAGCUCGACCCAUCUCCUUUUGUGCCGCGGAGUUCGCUUUCCUUGAAACGAAUAGACUUUCGUGUUUUCCUCCCGCAGAGAAGCAGCUUAAACUUUCUACGUUUAAAUAAAUGAAAAGGUCGGAUUUCAUUUCCCCCCCUUCAAACAUUUUGGAGGUGAUGUCAUCGUGCUGUGUUUGGGCUGGUAUUGUGUCGAGAGGGCGCAGGGAGGACUUCUGCAGCUGAUCGGUAACCAGCGGCCGGGGCAAGCGGGGAAGUCCGCAAAAUCAGGUGCAAAGUGCGGCUGUCAUUUCCUCGCUGUGUCGCGGGUGGCUGAGUCCGCCACCCAGUCACAGCUGUUCCCAUCCUCUACAGCCCCCACACGCCCCCCUCCCACCCCCUUCCCCCACUCGUUUUUUUCCCCCUGCAUUAUCCCGUGCCAUUUUCCUCUGAGCUGGACCGCUCUGGGACCUUAUCAGCCUCUCUGUCGGACACUGUUGUGCGGUGUCACCAGAGCCACAGACCCGUUGAGCCAGCGUGGGGGCGCAGUCAUGACCGAGGCCCUACAUUACCCUGCGCCCGCGGAGCCCCCGUAUUCAGUUCACGGUUCGCUCCAUCAGCCAGCCCAGGUAGCCCACCUCCAACUGCUCCUGACCCCGCUCUGCUGGUACUAAACCUGCCUGCUACUUUUGUCUUUGCUGGAACAAAAACUCUACCACUGUCUUUUUAAUCAUCUGACCGGCCACAGAAUUACUUUGGUGGACAAAAACCUCACGCAUUGGAUUACGCAGAAGAUUACGCACGAAAACGCAUCCUCGUCAAAUGGCUGAGCAUCGCCCCACGGGUCAACAAGGCCGAUUGGAAAUUGGUUAUCUGUGACGCGUGAGCGCGCUUUCACCUGUUCCUCUCUUUGUCGGGAACGCGGAGCCCUUAGAGUCCUAACCUCCCCACUUUGCUUCCCCGCCCAUCCGUCUCUCCGCUACACUGGACAGCUGUUAGAGGUUGCCCGGCGGUCACAGUGGCACAGUCACCCCGGCCUCACGCCCCACUUCGCUCGCGCCCACACGUUUACGCACGCCGGGAGAACCGGAGCACGCCGCCGCCGAUGCCAACGGGACUGUCGGCUGACUCUUUGACUCUGCACAACAUCCAGCGGAUUGACAAAACAGGAGGAAACUCUCUGGGCUGUAGGACUGGUUUAGACCGAGCGAGGAGACUGUCUCUGGGACAAGUUCCAUAGUGGAGGGGGGAAGCAAUGUUGUCCCUUCUUUCCACGCUGACCGUCUUAUGUAUCCAGAUGUUGCUGGUGAAGUGCAAUCCAUUACAGCAGGUACUCAGUGUGGACGGGGUCAACUUCAGCGUGCACGUGGAGAACCAAACGCAGGUGCGAGACACCAUGAGUCGGCGACAACACCGGGUCUACCAACUCUACAGCCGCACUAGCGGCAAACACGUCCAGGUGCUGGGGCGCAGAAUCAGCGCACGAGGAGAAGAUGGAGACAAAUUUGCCCAGCUCGUAGUGGAGGCUGAUACCUUUGGUAGCCAGGUGAGAAUCCGUGGUAAAGCGACCGACUUCUACCUGUGCAUGAACCGUCGUGGAAAGCUGGUAGGAAAGAAGGCCAGUAAUCGAAGCGAUGACUGCGUCUUUGUGGAAAAGGUUUUGGAAAACCACUACACAGCUCUGAUGUCAGCACGCCACGCAGGCUGGUAUGUGGGCUUCACCAAAAGAGGCCGUCCUCGCCGCGGCCCCCAAACACUCCCCAACCAGCAGGACGUACACUUCAUGAAGCGCUUCCCGCCCGGUGAGCAGCCCGACUUCACCACCCCCUUUCGCUUCACCACCGUCAGCAAGCGGGGCAAGCGGGUGCGUGCUACCGGGCCCCGCUAGUAGUGGCUCACACGAGCACCCACUGUCUUUUUCAUCCAAAGCCUUGACCUGAGCCUGCCAAUAGCUAACCCAGUCAUCUCCUAUGUCACACACGACUGAACACCUCUCUUUGUUGGGACAAACAUUGACCAGAGACUAGAUGAAUCAUACAUGGGGUAUACAUUUACACCUAGUAAUUUGCUACAACAGUCCAAUAGUUAAAGAUCCUUCCUCUUAGUUUUAGUUCCCUUACUGGGCCAACUGGACCAUUACUUGUCCAUUGCUGGCAUCUCUAGGCCAGAAAUACUGACAGGGAAGUUGUAGGGCAUCCAGAGUCCCAGGCUCUAUGAAGGCCUUUAUUCCAAUACCACAAAAACCACAAGGCCUUUGUGGAUCCUCUUCUGGACCAGCUGGACAAUGUCCUGUAUGGGAUUACAACUGGACCAUACAGAGAGAGAGAACAAGGGGUGGGAAAGACGAACUGAACAAGAGAGUGGGUGCUUGGCCUAGGCAUAAAAGGGAAAACAGGAAGGACAAGGACAGGAAAACGGCAGAGUGGACAAAGGGAUAGAGCAAUCUGCACGGAUGAGAUGGACCAAUGAUGGACUGCUGACCUGUGACACACUUCUGUCACAUCUGUCUCACUGCUAAAUUGGUGUCAACCUGUGAGAGUGCCGACAAAAGGAUGAACGAGGGAAUGAUUGAGUGAGUAACUUAGUGAAUAAACGCAUGUUUGUAAGAACAAGAAGACACGGAAAUGUAUGUGACAGUGGGUGUUUGUGUGUGUGUGUGUGUGUGUGUGUGAGGGAGUGCACCAACAACCGUGAGUCAAGUUGUAUCACGAGGGACUCUGGCAAGGGACCAUUCAUUCCAUGCAUGAACCUGUGACACCUCACCGCGGGGACCGAAGCUUUAGGAACUGGAAUGUAUAAAAUCCAAGCCGCACCAAAAACAGCUAGCCAAUCACAGCGAACCAAACCAACGACCAACCAAAGACAACUGGAGACCUUCUUCGUGACUCCUCCCCACACUCCCCCAGGGACACUACGCCCUCAGCUUAUAGGUGCAGAGAAUGACAAGUGCCGGGACGAGCAUGGCGGGGAGGGUGCCUUGUCUAUUAGCAUUGCUAUAGAAACGACCCAUGGGAUGAUGCUCCUGUGCGAUACCGUGGAUACAGAAUGCUGCUAACAGGACAUUCGGUGGAACAGACCAAAGUCUCAUGUAUACACACAGGAGAAAAAAUAUUAAAGGGAACAAUUUAUUGAAAGUUAUAUAUAUAUUAUAUAUAUAAAGAAGACAGAAACCUUAAAUAAGCAAUCUUACUAGGAUGGUUAUUAUAAUUAUUACGAUAAAAUUAUUUCAUUUAUUUAUUUCAGCUCUGUGUGCAGCAGUCUUUCUCGACUCAGUAAACCCUACAGAAACAUUUCCUGUGUCUCACAGCCUCUUUAAACUGCUUCUUCUCUCUUUUCUGUCAAAGAGUUUGUUGUAGAAAGAUUGCCGAGUUUACGGAUAUGCUCGGCGGGCUUUAAAGCCCAAUAACUAUCGACCAAAAUUAUAAAGUAAUAUCUGCCGUGUAUAAAAAAAACAACAACAUCUGCUUGUUCCAGUUACUGUAAUAUGGUGAUUUCUUUGUUUGCUCUAUUUUGUAUCACUCUAAAUUGAAUAUUGUUGGGGUUUAGUUGAAGAAAACAAGGCAAGACAUUUUCAUGAGCUCAGAAAAAUAGUCAUAGGGUUCGGUCGGUAUGAUGAGAUACAGCCUGAUAUAUUAUACGUUUGUCAAUCAUCAGAGAAUGUGCAAUACAGUUUAUACCAAGAUAUGUAUAUGGCUUUAAUAUAUCUGAUUGUACUAGACAACAUGUAUUUGCAACAUCACAAUCAAUCAGUGGGUAGGAUUAAUUUAUUCGAGUAUUGAGUUUGACGGACUUUUGUAUCAGUGUACCGUAGUUUUUUAUGUAUUUAGUUCACUGGAUUAACCAAACAUUGCCCUUGAUCCAUAAAAUGUUUCACUUGUAUUUACAA